AUGUAUCCUCUAGGAACUGCUGCAACUGAUCUUCAGCCACAGACGAGGGCUCUUAACUUCUGCAGUCUGCAAGACUGCGCAAAAUGGGCGACAGAGAGCCGUCCUACUCCUCUAAAAUCGCCAUACAAACUUCCUAAAAGGGUAAUACAGUCCGUACUACGUACCGUACCUAGGGCAUCAUUAAACGUACGGUACGGCUCACAAACUCGGUACGUUCGUACUGCUCACGUGACCGUUACGGUUCACUUUGUACGGACCGUAGUACGGCCCGUUGGAAGCCCUGGUUGCUUUUUCCAUUCAAUCAACGCCCACUUUCCAUUUGCGGCUCCAGAACGUAGCAAACUUCCUGCCUCUAUUCUCUACCUAGUAGUUUCUCCAAACCGGGGUUCAUUGCAAGAUAACUGCAGUUUGAAACAGCACUUCUUUCAUUCACCCUACCUAUCAUCCCCUCCAAAGCAGCGAAGACGGCCUGACCAGGCUGUUCUGGAUAUUUACCGUAGCCACAGCGAUAAUCAGGUACCGCCCCUCAAUAACUAUGAGAGUUCCACUACUCCUUCAUCUACUACUAUAUUAGAUAUUUGGCUCUUAGGAGUAGGAAGUGACAACACGUGUUUUAGUACCACUCAGGAGCACACUUGGUGGACAGAAUGCAUUGACCACGACCUCGGAGAAACUAACAAUUUUUCAAAAUGGGCUCCCCAGAAUGAACGACAAUCUAUCCCUGAGAUCCUCGAUGAUCUUGGACCCAACCUUACACCGUUGGCUUUGGCACACAAUAUGGUUCUCUUUAUUCAUCAAAUAAGAUAUCAAUCGAAACAAAGGGGCCCUCUAAGCUCUAUUUCGCAAGAGCACGCAUUCGGCACCCCCUCUACGUCUGGUUUAGUCCCCUGCCCCACUGAACUUAACAAUCCAUCGAGCUCGAGCGUGGGCGAUCACAUCUACACUGGCAUUGCUGGUGUGCAAGGGGAUGGUAAAGUGGGAAUUCGGCGAAUAAAAACCAAAAUGAAGCAUAAGCUUCGGGUCGAGAGCCAAGCCAGGCAGGCGAAUAGAUGUAACACCUGCGGCCUGGGCUUCACAUAUACGAAAGAUUUAGACCGAAAUCAGUCAAGCUCCCACCCCUGCGCAUCGUCUACAAAAAAUCCAAUUCAAAUAUCCAUGUGGAAACAAAUACUUGCGGAACGACUCCCUUUCACGACACAUUCGGACCAAGAAGGCUAUUGUGGAGAUAUACCCCAUCGCUCACUAGGAUCUCCCAAGAGAGUGUGGAGGUCGAUUUGGGUUACCCUUAACGUGGCUGUUGAGCUGAACAUCUCCCUUUGGGCGGUUGUUCUCCGCACCCUUGAACGGAUCGAGCUUGUUCUAUCAAAUAGUCCACUUUUCCUUUCUUUGAUCUUGAAACAUGGCUCGCAUCCCUGCCCAGGUAGGAUUUAUACACCCGGGGUGACCGGCGUUGUACAUGAACUCCAAGUGGUCAGUAUCUCAGUCUAA